UUUCCUCCACAUGCGCUCCUCCCCCAUCCUGCACGGCAAGUCCCGCUCUCUCGCUUAUAAUUAGUCUCCCCUCCCCAAAUUCGACCGUUAGCGGGUCUCCUUGGCCUUGUUUCUCGCCGCCGCCCCGAUCUCAAUGGAGGGAGGAGGAGGGAGCCCCUGCCGGACCCGGGCCCUCCACCGCCCGUCGCCCUCCUUCCGCCUCCGGAGCCCCAGCCUCAACAUCGUCCGCCUCCGCCGCGUCUUCGACCUUUUCGACCACAACGGCGACGGCGAGAUCACCGUCGACGAGCUCGCCCUCGCCCUCGACCGCCUCGGCCUCGGCGUCGACCCCGACGAGCUCGCGUCCACCGUCGCGGCCUACAUCCCCCCUGGGCGCGCCGGCCUCGCCUUCGACGACUUCGAGGCCCUCCAUCGCUCCCUCGGCGACACCCUCUUCGGCGCCGCGGCCCCCGGCGACGAAAGGGCCGCGGCGGUGGCAGAGGAGGAGGAGCAAGACAUGAGGGAGGCGUUCCGGGUGUUCGACGAGGACGGCGACGGCUUCAUCUCGGCGGCGGAGCUCCAGGUGGUGCUGGCCAAGCUCGGCCUCCCGGAGGCGCGGAACAUCGCGAGGGUCCACGAGAUGAUUUGCUCCAUCGAUCAGGACUGCGACGGACGGGUGGAUUUCCGCGAGUUCAAGCACAUGAUGCAGGGGAUCUCCAUUAGUAGCGCUUGAUGGACGGUCCAUGAUACGCUCUCGGCCAAUUUUGAGGGCGUAUCUUUGGAGAACCAGGGGGUGUAAUUAGCAACUCUCCUAUCUUCUUUUUUCUUUUAAUUUUACUUGGGGUGUUUAAUUAACCCUUUCACUUGCUCCAUAAGGGUGACCGAGGGACAAUACAGUCCUAAUGGAUCAUUCUCCAAGUUGGCUCUCUUUGUAGCUUAUAUUACCGAAUUUUGCUUCUUUAGCUCCAUUUAUUUUCUAGCCUAAAAUUUAAACAUGGAUAAAGAAUAUAAUGCCCCAUUAUCAUGAUGGUUCA